GAUUCUUGCUUCUGGGAAGCUCUGGAAGACGGCGCGCCCAAGCUUUGGAAGCAUCAUUAGCCCGAAAGAGGUUCGCGCAGGCCAGGUCGUGGUGUCAGGCUGUCAGCAUGGCAUACACCAUGGCAAGACUCUGUUGCCCUGCUCCCCCCAGACCUGCUGCUGCGGCGAUGGCUUUAUGUUCGAUGCUCCCCUGUGCUCUCACGUCUCCAGCAAAUCCAUCAUGCUUGCUUUGGCGCCACAAGAUGACCUAACAGCGGUGCUCAAGACCUUUUCACCAGAUCAAUUGCUCACCACCAGACGCGCGAUCGAUGCCCUCCUCACACCCGAUGCUCUCCGUCAGGCAAACCAACAGCUAUCCCCCCUCCUCCGACUGCCACGAAGUAUUCUAGAGCGCAUUGUCGAUUAUGCAGUCUCGUACGAUCACGCUAUCGAAGAAUCAUCCAAAGCGCCAGGGUUGCUGGAGGCCUGUCAUGGCUUACGGCAGGCUGCAUCGAGAGCCUACUAUAGUCGGAACACCUUCAAGAGAAAGCGCAGCUUCCGGGAAGAGGAGUUGGAGCGCUGGGCAAAGGUUCGCGUAGGCGAGAACAGAAGAUAUCUGGGGAGAGUCCGUCUGGGACCGCCCCUACACUGCAACAACGAGGAAGCCGAGAGCGAGGCCAGGAAGCUGGAGACUAGAUGCUGCCUACCGAUUGGCAGUGUAUGGUGCUUAUCCGAGGACGAUUUCGAGAAUGAUUGGAGGUGGUGGGUGAAUAGUCUGGGCGAGACGGACAAGUUCGAGGAGGAAGAUGGCGAUCAAGCGUCUACGCAAGUAGCUGCACAUGGCCAUCGCUCCCAAGCGUGCGCAAAGCCAGCAGCAUCGUGGUAUUGCUCGUCUUGGGCUCUGAGACAGGAUACAGACUACUUCAGUUUGCAUCGAGGGCUUCCGACUCCUGAGUCGAGACCAGGCGACUACGACACGCGGUGAUGUGAACUGGCCCCAUAUGCAUAAGGUAUUCUGCUGGUCUCUAGAUGUUGAAAUUGGCGGUACCUCAAAGGUCAUGAACACCCUCACAGCAGGACUCGUUGAAGCUGCAAAAGGGGCCCAGCGGUAUGAUAGGCACAUGUAGCAUCUCUACCUUAUGGGAAGAUCUGUAAAUGUUGAACUGCAAGUCUCG